AUGUCAAAUAAUAAUAAUAAUGAACAUUAUAAUUAUAUCGAUCAGAAUAUGAUCGUUGGUAAUAAUAGUGAUUGUAACAGUAGUAGUGAUAAUAAUAAUAAUAAUAAUAAUAAUAAUAAUAAUAAUAAUAAUAAUAAUAAUAAUUUUAGAAAAAGUGAUAAUUAUGUAUUAUAUGUAAAAAGUUCACAUGGUGAAAGAAGUAUUUGUAGUAGUAAUAAUAGUAUUAUGAGUGGAUAUGAUAGGUCGAGUGAAGUUGACUCUGCUUUUGCUAAUAUCAAUUUCACACAGAUGACGAUACAGGCAGAGAAAGAUCAAGAGUCAAUGUAUGACUCUGGUGCCAAAGAUCUACCCGUUGAAAUGAGACCACUGAAACCAAUGGUCGAUUCAACACCCUCAGUAAACAUCUUCUCUAAAAAUCAAUUCUGUAGUGAUAUAGAUAAUCAAAUAGAUAAUUCAAUCUAUCAUAUAAAUAAUUCUUGGAAUGAAACAUUUCAACAGCUAUUGAGUAAACCUGAAUCCGAAGAAAGAUUGAAAGAACUGAAUAGCUUGUAUCAGGCAUUCAUAGAGACUGCCAAUCGAUAUGGAAAGAUCAUCAUCGCCGAGAGAAAUCUAACCGAUAUGGAAAAGACAAUCAAACCGAUGAUUGAAGCGGGUGGUGUUGCUGGUGGUGUAAAAUAUAAAUGUCAAAAUAUAUUCUUUAAAUUUGCAAAAGAUAAAGAAAUACCAGGACUUGGUUAUAUUUAUGGUGGAUUGAAUGGACCUAAUCAUGAGAAAGCACAGAAAAGUCAAGGAUUAGAGUUGAAGGCAUACAAUCGUUAUUUCGAUUUCUUUUGUAAUUCAACUGGUUCCACUCAAACAGGUUCAUCUCUACCCAAUUCACCGGUGGGUGGUUCACCUCCAACUGUUUCUCCAAUCCCAUCAAGAGCAAAUCCAACAUCAACAACUUCAGCAGCUACAAAUAAUGAUUAUGAUAGUUCCAAUGAUAGUUCCAAUAAUAAUAAUAAUAAUAAUAACAAUAAUAACAACAAUAAUAGUAGUAAACAAUUAAUACAUUUACCAUUAAUGGCAUUAAUUGAUUAUUGUGGACAUCGUAUCUUGGCUGUUUCAGAGAUACCUAUUGAUAGAUCAAGUUUGGUAUAUGGUUCAUCAGAUGGUGGUGGAAAUGUUUAUAAUUCAAAGAAAGAAAUCAAUGAUGAAAUGUUAAGAUUUGCACAAUAUUAUAAUAUAGAGAGUCAGAUCUUUACUGCUGCCAACAAAACAACACAAACACUACAUAGUGCAUUCGAUGUAGAAGUUCAUCGUGGUAAAGACAAUCGUUAUUACAUCAUUGAUUUAGCAAGAACAUUCCCACCAUUAUGUACAUUUGUACAUGGAAAUGCUGAAUCUGAUAAGUUAUUUAAAUUAAUGAGACCAGAGUUGUGUACAAAGUUUAGAGAACAAAACUUUGCAAAGAUAUCACCCGAUGUUUUCGUGCAUGCCUCUGAUCAAUCGAGUGCCGAACAACAGAAACACAUUCAGGUUCUGACAGCCAUACUAAAGACUGAUAUCAUUCGUAGUAAAUCGACACAUUUGAAUACGAUUAUCAAUGGUGUUUACACUCAGAAGGAGUUGUCAACGGGCGAUAUUCGUGCAAGUGCCAAUAUUAAGGAUCUCGAUAGUUUCCUCUUUGAAAUCACUCAUCAGAAUCAAGAGGAUCUCAACGUCUACGUUGCGAAAUCACUGCAAAUCGAUAACAUCAUCAACUAUCUACAUGGUAAUGGUAUCAACAUUCGUUAUAUGGGUAUAGUUAUCAAUAAUCUCACCAACCCAAGUCUCAAACAGAUACUCUACACUGAAAUGGUUGCAAGAGCAUUCAAAAGAAUUAUAAGAAACGAAAUUGCAAAUCAAGAGAAUCAAUAUGGAUUAUAUGAUAGUAUUGCUAAACAAGUAUUCUCUUUCACCAUUGAAUAUAUUCAAUAUAAUGGUGAUCAAUCACAGCAAGUCAGUAAUUUCUGGAGAUCUUCUAAUAUCAAUGAAUUUAAACAUUGUUUAAAAGCAUGUUUUGAAUUAAGUAUGACACAUGAAGAGUUUAAAGAUGAAAAGUUUGAUAUUAGAUCAUGUAUAGAUGUUAAACUAUUGGUUUAUAGAUUAAUAAAGCUUUUCAAUGUAAAGGUGAAUGUUAAUUCAAUGGAUCUGUUCUUGAAUAACUCUAGCUAUUGUUUGAAGAGAUCGGAUCUCGAGGAUUUCGAUUCGAUUAUAAAGUAUCCUGCUUUUAUCGAUUACUCUGCUGGUAUCUAUCAUCUGUUGUGUGCCAAGAAGUUGAUUGAGAGUAAAGCUGCGAAUCGUGCUGACAUUCAUCGAAUGUUGGAUAUUGCCAAGUCAAAGUUGGCUUGUGCACUGCGGUCGCUACCAGACGAUCCGAAAACACUCUCGAAUCUCGCCUAUGUCGAUCUGUGCAAGUCAUUCCUCACUACAAUCUCUGAAGAUUCCAUUCGGCUGCUUAGACAAUCGAUUGUUUUGCUACGUUCGCUAUCUCAUCGUACUGCACAGAUCUACUCUCAGUUGGUGUUGGCAAGCUUCGAUUUGGCGAUACACUAUGCACAUCUCUCGAAGGAAUCACACGUCGCCACCUACUUUGUCGACGGUAUGAAAUACUUGAAGACCGCACUACAGAAGUUCCCGAAUGAAGCGAUCAAACACUUCAUCGCGAGUGUAUUGAUUCUGUUCAACACCUCGAAUGACAAUCAUGUCAAUCCGAUAUUGGAGCGUUGGAAGAACUACAUGUAUAUCUUCUUUGGUAUGGCUAUCGUUCAAACCAAUUCAUCGCGUGCACUUCUUCAAUCGACUUUCUCAAAGACAUUCUCAGAGGUCGAAUCGAUCAGAAUGUUCAAAGCGAUCGAUCUCAAAGUGAUGGCAAUCAAAGCGGUCAAUCCAGAACAGUUGAAACAGAUGCGUGUUCAUUCAAGAGUUUCACAAGUUAAUAAUAAUAAUCAAGCAAGUGAUCUAAGACAAUCUCAAUUCGGUAUCAAUAGCAAUAUUAAUAGUAGUAGUGUAGAUUCAUCAAUGUCUCCUAGUAGUGCAAGUAGAAUUCGUGUUGAAACCGACGGUGAUAAAACAUUGCUCGAGUUUGACAUUUUCCGUUCGACUCACGAAGAUUCCUACAUCUCCGAUAGCUAUCUCUCGACUCUGCUCGCCAAGUGCAAGAAUCUCGUUAAACUCUCACUGUCGCUCUAUUUCAUUACGGAUACGGCAUUCAAAGGUAACCUCCCGUUCCUUGGUAACCUCGAACAUCUCUCACUCAGCAGGAGCUCACGUCUCACACCCGGUCUGCUCAACACCCUUGUCGCUGCAGCCAAGAAGUUGUUGAGUUUGGAUCUAACAAUGACUUCGGUCACCAACAAUAUCAUUGCACAUGCCGUUGCUAGCAACGCCAAUAUGCAUACUCUCAAAGGUGCAAAGAGAAAGGAAGUCGAACCAGAGGUUGAGGUUGCUGAAACAGAGAAAGAUGAGGAAGUCGAAGCUGAAGAGGCUGAAGAUAAAGUAGAAAAGAAAAAAGCAACAACAAAGAAACAGAAAUCGACAACAACUACUACUACUACAACUACCGCUUCGAAAAAGAAAAAAGUUACUAAAGCCGAUGAAGUAGAUGAGGAUGAUGAAGAAGCUGCUGAGGAAGAAGAUGCUGAGGAAGAAGAUGCUGCUGAAGAAUCGAGUACUAGUACAUCGGAUGACACUAGCUUUGCCGAACCCGAAGUAAAAGAGAACCAGCUAAAGAUCAUGUCUUGGAAUGUCGCUGGAUUCAAUUCUUGCACCAAGAAAGGAUUCAAAGCGUACGUCGAACAAGAACAACCCGACAUUCUCUGUCUCCAAGAAACAAAGAUCCUACCAUCGAAAGUACCAAAGGAUGCCAUUCCAAAGGGUUACGAAUAUCAUUUCAGUGCAUGUAGAAAAACCUGGAUUCCAUGGUACUGGGUAAGAAUAUUAUUAUUAUUUGAUUUUUUAUUGACUAAAGUUAAACCGAUUUCCGUCACAAUGGGAAUGGGUGUUGGUAAGCACGAUAAGGAAGGUAGAAUCAUCACUGCCGAGUAUGAAAAGUUCUACCUUGUCAAUACAUACGUUCCAAACUCUGGUGUCGAUAGAAAGACACCAUUAGCACGUCUGGACUAUCGUACUAAGGAGUGGGAUGUCGAUCUAUUCAAAUACAUGCACGAACUCAACAAGAAGAAGCCCGUCAUCUGGACUGGUGACUUGAAUGUUGCACACAAAGAAAUAGAUCUAAAGAAUCCAAAAGGAAAUGUAAGAACCGCUGGUUUCACUGUUGAAGAGAGAACUAGUUUUAGUGGAUUCUUGGAGAGUGGAUUCGUUGAUACAUUCCGUCACUUUAAUCCAAAGAAGGAGUUCCAAUACACCUUCUGGUCGUACAUGAGAAACUCAAGAGCAUCGAAUGCCGGUUGGAGAUUAGAUUAUUUCAUUGUGCCAUUGACUUUUAUUGGUUCUGUUGCUCAUUCUUUCAUUAGAUCAAAAGUUACCGGAUCAGAUUGUCUCUUUAUUCGUUAUACUCACAGUUAUCCAAUUAUCUUACCUUCUGCAAAGAUUAAGGUAUUUGCCAUUAUUACCAAAAAAACCGCAAAAAUUAAUAAAUAUUUAGACAUUUUUUAUUUUAGAAAUAUGAUCUCUGCAAUUGCUUGGAUUCCAAGAGGUGCUGCUAAAGCAAUCCCAUCCAAAUACGACCCAUCACAAGAUGAAGCUUUGUUGGAGGAAGAGGGUUACGAUCAAGAGGAAUUAGAUGCUCUCAGUGAAGAGGAUUUCGAUGAACUCAAAAAGAAGGACGGUGAUGCACCUGACGAAGAGGAAGAAGAUGAUGUUGAAAAGAAGGAAGGUGAAGAAGUCGAAGAGGAGGAAGAAGAAGAGGAGGAAGAUGAGAAAGAAGAAGAUCCAGAUGCAGAGUUUAACAAACGUUACAACUUGGAUGAGUAUGACGAUGACGAAGUCGACGGUGAAGUAGACGACGAGGAAGAGGAAGAGGAGAACGGUCUCAAGUUUAUCAACAAAGCAAUGAAGGGUCUACUCUACUAUAAGAAUCCCGAUGAAGAUCCAUACCUCGAUGAACAAGACGAAGACAUUGAAGAUCUCGAGGAUUUCUUGAUUCGUCCAACCGAUUCGCUCUUGAUUGCCGCCGUUGCCAAUGACGAAGACGAUUUUUCACAUCUCGAUAUCAUGGUCUACGAAGAGGAUUGCGACAAUCUCUAUGUACAUCACGAUAUCAUUUUAGGUUCAUUCCCACUGUGUCUCGCAUGGAUGGAUCAAUCACCAACAGAAUCAACCGAAAAAGGUAACUUUGUUGCCAUCGGUACAUUCGAACCAGCCAUCGAAAUCUGGGAUCUCGAUGUAGUAGAUAAUUCAUUACCAACAGCUAUUUUAGGUCAAACUGAAAUUGAUAAAGGAUAUAAAAAGAAAAAAGCAACAAUGACAACUGCAAGUCAUACUGGUAGUGUUAUGGCAUUAAGUUGGAAUUCACAACAAAGAAAUGUAUUGGCAAGUGGUUCAUCCGAUAAGACUGCAAAGAUUUGGGAUAUUACAAAAUCAACUUGUAUCAAUACAUUUACUCAUCAUAAAGAUAAGAUUCAAUCAUUGGAAUGGAAUAAACAAGAAAAGACAGUAUUAUUAUGUGGUAGUUAUGAUAAGAGUAUUUCGAUUAUCGAUGUUAGAAUGAGUGCCUCAUCAUACUUUAAAUGGCCAUUGGUAUCGGAUUGCGAGUCACUCCAGUGGAAUCCACAUAAUCCAAAGGAAUUCGUUGUUGGAACUGAGGACGGUUCACUUACCUGUUACGAUGCUACAUUGGGUUCAAAUAGCAAACCAGUAUGGCAAAUCAAAGCUCACGCAAAAUCAUUAUCUACUUUUUCAUUCUGUCCAGGUCAACCAGGUUAUUUCGCCACCGGUUCAUCCGAUCAAACCAUCAAGCUAUGGACCAUGGAGAAUGGAAAACCAAAACAAAUUGAACAAAAGAAGAUUAAUCAAGAAGUAUUUUCAGUUUCAUUUUUCAGUAGUUCACCAUUUUUAUUGGCAAUUGGAUCAGAAUCGAAUAGACCAGUCGUUGUCAACACAAAGAGAUUCAAAUCAGUUCAAAAUGUUUUCGGUAUCAGUGCACCAGAAGGAUUCAACGAAGAACCAAAGUUUGGUAAUUUCGAUAAACCAAGAUCAAAGAAACCAAGAGGUGAAAGCGAUGAAGAUGAUGACGAUAUGGAUGAUGAAGAUAGUGAUCAAUAA